AUGGCAACUCAAGGCUCUCAACAGCGCGUAGCGGAGCUGCUGGACCGUAGUUUUGGAAUCUGGCCGACGCAACUGCCUCGGUACGCUGAACCGGUAAUGUUAACGAAUGGACGUGAAGAUUACUCGAUCCCUAUGAGGCGAAUCGAUGACCCUCCGCCCGGAUUGUAUGGGAGUGUUUGGGAGGAGUUGGUACACCCCUUGGGGGGGACUUAUUACUAUCACAAUAAAAAGAACACAUAUACGUCACUAAAUAUACGCCACAUGGAUCGACAAAGGCUCGAAGAAUUUAUCGAUGUAUCAAGAGCCGCGGCGAAAGAAGACGAUUGGGUAUUGGUUGUUCACCAAAUGAGCUACAGAGGAGAAGACGUAUACCAAUACUACUAUGUGGUCCACAACCUGCGCAUCAUCACCUGGCUCGAUGAUCUGGACGGCUACCUUCUUCUCCGAGAAUGUAUCAAGGCAAGCGAGUGGAGGCAUAAGAGGCUCGAACUAGAAGCUCAGUAUUGGAGACACGUUGAAUUUUUUCCGCACAUGUUCCGCAUGACGAGCUCCCAAGUUAGAUGCACACGCAGAGAAAUUCUUUGUUACCUUGGAGAAUCACAUGAACGUACAAUAGAAGCUACAACUUUGGCCCAAUCUACUGCAGCUACGAUUUUCUGGACUCUAGACCAAAUGAGACAGGUUGACGCGCAACUUGCUAGUGUCGAAAACGAAAUCAUUGAGGAUACUGGUGUCGUGCUUUGUUGUAGAAUACUGUACAUGCUACGCCACUACCAGUAUCUGAACCGCCACAACCAGCCCGAAGCCCGCCUAAUUCGAGGCCAUGCAGUGGUAGAGAAAUGUAGGACAUGUAAAGCUCUCUACUUCAUGGGCAAUACUGCGGCUACUAUACUGUGUAUGCCGAUCACAAUCGACCGCAUCAGGAACACUUCCGUUGAUGGUAUUGUGAAUGGGGUGGACGUCAGGACCUUUAUCGACGAUUUCAGCAGCCAAGCUAAGAGUCAGAUCACCUUGGCAGGCGUCUCCGUGGCCAUGGACGUCGCCAUCUUUGCCAUUCCAGGUAUAUUACCUACAAAAGAAGACGAUGAUGUUGGUCGUCAUUACAAGUAUACCGACGUGCUUCUGUGUAUUAAGAAUUUCUACUAG